AUGGGUGGGCCUGGCUCCCAUGUGGGAGAGAGACCAGAUUCUCAUUCUGACAGCAGGAAGAGUCCUUCAGGGGAACCAGACCCAGAGACGUCCAAACCAGCGAGACAACAUCACUGCUCCCACUGUGGAAAGAGUUUUAGCUGGUUAGGGUUCCUAAAACGGCAUGAGAGGACGCACACAGGAGAAAAGCCUUUCCAAUGUUCCCAGUGUGGAAAGAGUUUUACUGUGUUAGUUAACCUGAAAAGGCAUGAGAAACUACACUCUGGAGAAAAGCCAUUCCAAUGUUCCCAGUGUGGAAAAAGUUUUACCCGGUUAGGGCACCUAAAAGAGCAUGAGAGGACACACACAGGAGAAAAGCCUUACCACUGCUUACAAUGUGAAAAGAGCUUUUCAAGAUCAGGGGACCUAAAAGGUCAUGAGAGGACACACACAGGAGAAAAGCCUUACCAAUGUCCUCAGUGUGGGAAGAGUUUCACCCAGUUAGGGAACCUGAAAAUACAUAACAGAAUACACUCUGGAGAGAAGCCUUACCACUGCUCCCAAUGUGGAAAGCGGUUUCCCUGGUUAGGGAGUCUAAAUUCGCAUGAGUGGACACAUAGAGGAGAGUUGCCUUACCACUGCUCCCAAUGUGGAAAGCGUUUUAACCAGUUAGAGCACCUGAAAUCACAUGAAAGAACACAUUCAGGAGAGAAGCCUUUCCACUGCUCUCAUUGUGGAAAGACAUUUUCCCAGUCAGAGGACCUGAAAUCACAUGAGAGAAUAGAGAGGCUGUGUUCUGACUUAUGUUUUUGACUGGAAAUUUGUGUUUUUGUUCAUGCCACAUGAAAUCAUAUUGUUUAUAUGAAAUCCGACUCACAAAUAUAAAGGUACCCAAUGGGUAUGUCUGGGUAGAAUGGAUGGGUGGGAGGUAACCCAAUCGGUAUGUCUGGGUAGAAUGGAUGGGUGGGAGGUAACACAAUUGGUAGGUAGCCUUUUGACCUUUUUAUUAAAACAGGUUUGGCUUCAUUGGUGGAUAGAUGAUUGUAGAUGAAAGGAUGGUUA